CGCACCAAAGCAACGAAAGAAACAUUUACUAACGGAUCGUAGUACUGCCACGUUACACAAUGAAGUUUUUAUGCAUUCAGCUUCUUUUAGUAAUUGUAUCGAGCGAAGUCAUCAGCGAGAAUAAACGUCUUCUACUUCAUGAUCCGGUAUCCAUUGCAGAAGCCAUAUUUCAACUUCGAACUGAGAUUGGGGAUUUAAAUUCAACUAUUGCUGACAUGAAAGCCAAACAUGCUCAGGAGAUCGGUCAGUUGGAUGCUAUAUAUUCCCAAGAAGUUGCCAACUUGAACGCUACACAGUCUCGGGACGUUGCUCAAUUAAAUGCCACAUUUGCUCAGUUAAAGGGUGAACAUGCAAAAGAAGUAGCAGAUCUUCGAGCUGGAUUGAAUGCUGAAAAACUUCAAAGAUGUCGAACAGGGUCAGUUGAUUUUGGUCAUGAAUUAUGUGCAACUCAUAAUUGUACGGAAAGUCGGAUUAUUCAUUUUUCUCCUUCAUUUUCAAAGGUUCCUGUGAUAGCAAUUGCUUUUUCUAGGAUUGACGUAAACAAAAAUCUUAACACUCGGAUAUACUCAUAGGUUUCAUCUGUGACAACGUCUUCUGCUAAUUUAACAGUCGGAACAUGGCUCGACUCUGAAAAUUACCAAUCAACACUAAAUUGGAUUGCAUGUCCAAAUAUGUGAGGUCUAUAUAAA